CGAUGCCGUAAGCAACAAAAGCUAAAGCCACCUGCAAGUACAGCGGUAUCGGCAUGCAUCCGUACAGGUACCUUCCCAAACAGCUCUUACUUCCUAUUCGUACCCAAUCCCGCGUAGCACGAACUAUCCAUCUCCUCGCUUCUCCCGCCAGUUUGAACAUCCCAUUUUCCAACCCAUCAUCCACUGCAAAGCCAACAUCAACCCCUUUCCCCUAUGUCUUCUCCCAACACUCUUACCACACCAGCGCAUCCCGUUUGAACCACGAAAGACUCAACAAUGCCCGACAUAUGCCUCCACCAACCUCCUUCCUCACCUAUUACCUCUACCAGGACCUCACCCCUCCCCAGCUUUCCUCUCUCCGGCAAGACCGCCCUCAUAACCGGCGCCAACCACGGCAUCGGCCGCUCCCUCGCCUUUGCCUUUGCCCGCGCCGGCUGCUUCGUCGCCUGCGUAUCGCAUUCCUUACCUAGUCUACCUCUCGAUCCCGUAUGCUCCUCCUCCUCCUCCUCCUCCUCCUCCUUCUCCUCCUCCUCCUCCUCCUCCUCCAAUCCCAAUCCCACCACCGCCACACUAAUCAACACCUCCAUGUCCCUAUCCUUCCCCCCGGACAUGCAUGCUACAGGGACCCUGUGUAAGGACCGCGCUCGGGAUUUCAUCUACGACAUCACCGCCCCUUCAUCCUUCGCCCAGCUCGAGCGAGACAUUCUAAAAUGGGUGAACCAACCAGUCACAAUCUUGGUAAAUAACGCGGGGAUAGCCCGGGUCGAAGCCGUUGAAUACCAGACAGCUGCAACAGAGCCCCAAAAAAUGGAGACUUGGAACAAAGUAAUCGCUACCAACUUGACGGGCCCCGUGGCUUUGACGUACCAGUUCUUGCCGGGCAUGCUAGCUGCUGCUGCUGCUGGAGACGGAUGUAUCAUGAGCGUGGGGAGCAGGAACGCAGUGGUGCCGGUGCCGUUCAUGGCGGCGUAUAACGUGUCGAAGAUAGGGCUGUUGAAGUUUCAUGAGACGCUCGAGAGGGAGGUGGGCGGCGGUACACAUAGGGGUGUGCGCAACUUUUACGUGGUUCCGGGGAAUAUUUCCGGUACGGGCAUUUUGAAGAGGGAGGGUAGUGUGGAUGAGAGGAGUUAUCGGGAGAGUGAGCGGGUGAGACAGAUGGUUGAACGGAUCGAGGAUGCAGGGAAAAAAGGGGAUAAUGCUGCGACGAGAGCGCAAGAGUUUGCCGAGGUUUGUGUGCGGCUGGCGUCCAUGGGGAAGGAUGCAGAGAUUUUGAGCGGGCGUUACGUGGAUGCGGAACGAGAUGUGGAAGCGCUGUUGGAGGAUGCAAAGAAGGGGAAGGAAAGCAAGAUAUGUAAGAUGGGGUUGUAUCAGUUGAAGAUUGACAGGUUAUAGCCAUCGCUCAACGUGGGUGUAAAAGACGAGGAGUGAAGAUGAAAGGUCCGUCAUAGACAGCAUGCACAGAACUUGAAUCAUGAAAGUAAU